AUGGAAUAUACAUUGGAAGAUGCUUUUGAAAGUUUGAAAGAUACUUUGACAGAACGACAAAAAGAAAUGGAAAACUUGUGUGAUAUAAUUAUGAAUAAUAAACCAAUUGCUUUGAAUAAGACUUGCACUUCAGAAGAUGUGAGAAAAAAACAAUAUAAAUUAUGUAAAAGUUUAUUGAAUAAAGUUCUUCAGGAAAUACCAAAAGAUUAUCCGAUUCCUCAUACAUCUGAUUUACAUAUUGAAAUUCUAACAGAACUUGAAAAUGAAGUACUAAAUGCUCAACAACUUCUUGACAAAAUGAAGACGCAACUUUCGAAUAUUAAUGAAGAUAUAUCUUAUUUAGAAAAGAAGAAAAUGGGUUCGGAAAAAAUGCGAGAAGCCUUCUUAAGUGCAGAACAAUUGACAGAUACUACAACUUAUAAUAAAGAACAUGUGAUAACUAAACGCAUGUUCAAAAAUGUAAAAAAGGAUUUGCAUAUGGUAGUAGAAAUGUUGUUCCCAGAAAAUCAACAUUUCAAAGACUGUUUAGGGAACUUGACAUCAGCAUAUACAAAAGGAGGAGAUGAAAUGUAUAUAUCUAUUACACCAGAAACUCUAGUGUUUAUGAAUUUUCUGAUUGAGGCUGGUAUAAUUAUGUAUCAUAGAAAUGACAAAACUAGAGUGAGACUAAUGGAUAUGUUAUAGAUUGAUUAGAUAUACAUACGACAACGAUCGAUACUUUGAAGAACAGCAUGAUCCAAACCUAACAAUUGUUGAGGACCUACUAUAAAAUCACGCGGAGCAUCUAAAUCGCGAUUUGAUAAAGUAAUCGGUGCCGAGUCUACUGCAUCCACAACUACUUCUUCUUCUCCUGCUACAGUCGGUGCUGUUGCUUCUUCUUGCAUUUCAGAUGUUUGUUCAAGAUUUUCUUUCAUGCCUCUUCUCUAAACAAUAACAGAAUUAAUAUUUUUGUUAGAAAAAUAAAUCUAUUUUCUUAUAACUCUACA